ACAUUCCUAUUCCGAAAUGGUGACAACGGCUAUAUAUUGAUUGAUAUAGGCACAAGCAGAAGCACAAGCACGACGAUUCAUUUGAAUUGAGAGAUUGAGAAAGAAGAGAGAGAGAUGGAGAAGAGUGGAGUAGUUUUGUCGGUGAAGGAGGCAUUCGAGAAGCUGGAGAAGGUUGGAGAAGGAACUUAUGGGAAGGUGUAUAGGGCAAGAGAGAAGGCUACUGGGAAGAUCGUUGCCCUCAAGAAGACUCGCCUCCAUGAAGACGAAGAAGGUGUCCCUCCCACCACUCUCCGUGAGGUUUCCAUUCUGCGAAUGCUCUCUCGCGAUCCCCAUGUUGUCAGGUUAAUGGAUGUUAAACAAGGUCAGAGUAAGGAAGGGAAGACAGUGCUGUACUUGGUCUUUGAGUACAUGGAUACCGAUCUCAAGAAAUUCAUUCGCACUUUCCGUCAAACUGGACAAAAUGUCCCACCCAAAACCGUCAAAAGCUUGAUGUACCAACUUUGCAAGGGCGUUGCUUUCUGCCAUGGUCAUGGAAUCUUGCACAGGGACUUGAAGCCUCACAAUCUCUUGAUGGAUCGAAAAACUAAUAUGCUUAAAAUUGCUGAUCUUGGCCUUGCUCGAGCAUUCACCGUGCCAAUUAAGAAGUACACGCAUGAGAUACUCACCCUGUGGUACAGAGCUCCUGAAGUCCUUUUGGGAGCCACCCAUUACUCAAUGGCAGUGGACAUGUGGUCCGUUGCCUGCAUCUUUGCUGAACUUGUAACCAAGCAAGCACUCUUUGCUGGUGAUUCUGAGCUGCAGCAACUCCUUCAUAUAUUCAGAUUGUUGGGCACUCCUAAUGAAGAGGUGUGGCCAGGGGUUAGUAAACUAAUGAACUGGCAUGAGUAUCCUCAGUGGAAUCCUCAAAGUUUGUCAACUGCUGUUCCAAAUUUGGAUGAGCUUGGACUGGAUCUACUAUCUGAAAUGUUGCACUAUGAACCUUCCAAGAGGAUCUCAGCAAAGAAAGCUAUGGAACAUUGUUACUUUGAUGACCUGGACAAGACCUAUCUUUAGGAUUAACAAAUGAUGAUUUGAUGAAUGUAGGAAUUCAUGAUUACCGAUUUAUGCUUCUCUCGAGCGCAUGUCAAAGUCUGUUUUAGGAAUUAUGGAUGAUUGCCCUUCUAUAUAGGAUUUUGAUCUCUUAAAAACACUGAUUGAAGUGUUUUUGUAACUGCUGUUUUUGCUGAUGGACCAUAUAUGCCUUGAUGAUAUAUUUCUAGCUGAUUUAUAUCAGCUUCUGUUCGA